AGAAAACACGGACAAAUCUGAGUGAACAAUCAAACUAACUGAAGACAGGAGACAUGCCUUUGAUAGGACCUGCGCCAAAGCCAGGAGAUUUGAUUGAAUUUAUGCGUGAUUUCUAUCAGCAUUGGGGUGUAUAUGUUGGAGGUGGAUAUGUGGUACAUUUAACAGAUCAAGAUGGUUGGUCCAGCAUAUCUUCUGCAUUAGGAGAAACAGCUGUGGUGAGGAAGGACCGUUUGGAGACUGUCGCCUAUGGAUGCAACUAUAAAGUGAACAACAAGUAUGACAGCAAGCACUCCCCUUUUCCAUCAAGAAAAAUUGUUAACGCAGCACUGGGAGAAGUAGGGAAGAAGAUGAACUAUAGCCUUACUAGUAGCAACUGUGAACACUUUGCAACUUUUCUAAGAUAUGGGAUUGAAUUCUCUGAUCAGGUGGAUACCGCAAAGACCUAUGCAGCUGGAGGUGCAGCUAUCUUUGCUGUUGGAGCUCUUGCAGCAAUUGUAGUAUCUGCGAUGAGAAAUAAUCGACAGAAGCAAUGA